AUGAAAACCGCCGUUCUCGUUGGACUCCUCUGCCUGAUGGCCGUUGCCUACGCAGAUGAUGAGCUGAAAAUCAACAAACUUCAGAUCGGUGUAAAGACACGGGUUAAGGACUGUGUUCAGAAAUCUAGAAAGGGAGAUCAACUUCACAUGCACUACACCGGAACACUUCUCGAUGGAACUGAAUUCGAUUCCAGCCGCACCCGCAACCAAGAAUUCACUUUCACUCUUGGACAAGGAAUGGUGAUCAAGGGAUGGGACCAAGGUCUUCUCAACAUGUGCGUCGGAGAGCGCCGUAUUCUCACAAUCCCACCACACCUCGGUUACGGGGAGCGUGGAGCUCCACCAAAGAUUCCAGCCAACGCUGUCCUCAAGUUCGACGUUGAACUUAUGAAGAUCGACAGAGAUGGAGAAGAAUUGUAA